AUGGCUAGAGGUAAUCAGAGGGAAUUGGCAAGACAAAAAAACCUGAAGAAGCAACAGGAACAAAGCAAGGGUAAGAAAACGGACUAUCUCAAGAGAAAAGAAACUGAUGCUGAGAUUAGUAGACAGAAGCAGAAAUUAGCUGAUGAACGGAAAGCCGCAGAAGCUGCUGCUGCAUUAGCUGCAAAAAUGAAGAAGUAA